CCCUGUGGCGACGCGAGAGCACACUCCCAUGACAAUCAUCACGGUGAUGGAUGAUUUGUAGCUGCGUGGGCCAUGAGCCUAUGACCAGUUUCCACAAUCUCGCGGCGAAGCUGCAAUCGUCUUCCGCCGUCAGAUCGGCCUGCGAUCUCUCCCUCCGCCUCGCCCGCGCCUCCCUCCGCCGCCUCCUCCUCCGCCCCCUCCGGUCCCUCCUCUCCUCCCUCUUCGCCCUCCGGAUGGACGACCUCCUCGCCCCCGACGACCGCCUCUUCGACCUCGACCCCGGCUCCGGCUCCGGCUCCGGCUCCGGCUCCCUCCUCCUCUACGGGGACGCCGACGACGGCGGCAGCGGCGGCGGCUUCGAGGAUGAUCGCGGCGAGUCGGUCUACCUCGUGCCUUACAGGUGGUGGAUAGAGACAAGGAACAAUGUGAAGGAAGUAGUGGGUACCUUGUACACCACUACCUCAAAAGAAGAUUCUGCCAAGCAGAUCUUGCUGGAAAUGAGUAGGGAAAACUACCAUCAGAGUGAUAAUGAGGAAGAAGGGUUUUCAGGCGGCGAGUUUGCUUUAGUUCCUGAAGCAACAUGGUUGCAGACUCUUAAAUCGCACAGCGACUCUAUUGGAGUGAAUGAUAUCGGCACAAUUGUAGCUGCAAAGAGCCAGAUGCACGACGUGUUUCCUUUGCAGAUCAGGCUUUCUGUUUCACAGGGAACAAAAUCAUUGAGAGCACGUAUAAGCCUAAUGGAUAAUCCUAUUGAGUAUUAUAGGAAGGCCUGCAGUAUUUUUCGACCCGGAACUGAGCUGUUGCGCUUAUGGGACUUCUCAGGGCAGACCACCUUAUUUUUCGUGGAUGAUGGAAAUGACUUUGCUGCUGACUCUCCUAGGCAUUCAGGACAAGAGAUUUUGCUGGAAUUACAAGUCCAUGGUUUGUCCAAGAAUGGCAUGCAAAGGAGGGAGGAUGAUACAACAUUUGCCGACUCUAGAAUGGGGGGUACCUUUUCUAGCGGCAUAUUAAGGUUGAAUGGGAGCAUUGACAUCUUACAACCGUAUGGUAGAACAUAUGGCUUAUCAGAAUCUGAUGGUUAUCACAGAGAGACUGGCCUUCUGGGCCUAAAAGGACUCCAAAAUCUUGGUAAUACUUGCUUCAUGAAUAGUGCUAUCCAGUGCCUUGUUCAUACGCCAAAGGUUGUUGACUAUUUCCUUGGAGAUUACAGGAGAGAAAUAAAUUCCACAAACCCUCUAGGAAUGCAGGGAGAGCUUGCUUUGGCUUUUGGAGAACUUUUAAGAAAGCUAUGGUCUCCAGGAAUUAACCCUGUUGCCCCCAGAGCUUUCAAAUCAAAACUAGCGAAGUUUGCUCCUCAAUUCAGUGGCUAUAACCAACAUGAUUCUCAAGAAUUUCUUGCUUUCUUGUUGGAUGGCCUCCAUGAAGACUUAAACCGUGUAAAGCAGAAACCAUACAUAGAGAUGAAAGAUGCGGCAGACCGUCCUGAUGAGGAAGUUGCAGAAGAAUAUUGGCAGAGUCAUCUGGCACGAAAUGAUUCCAUCAUUGUAGAUGCGUGUCAAGGUCAGUUUCGGUCAAAGUUGGUUUGCCCUAUGUGCAAAAAGGUGUCCAUUACCUUCGAUCCAUUUAUGUACCUAUCACUGCCAUUGCCUUCAACAACAAUGCGCUCGAUGACUGUAACUGUAGUAAGUACUGAUGGGGUUGCAUUACCAUCUCCUUUAGCAGUAUCAGUUCCCAAUUGUGGAAGUUUGAAGGACCUUACACAGGCUUUGAGUGUCGUAUGUUUCCUAAGGGAUGAUGAAACCCUGCUGGUGGCUGAGGUAUAUAAUUACCGCAUUCUUCGGUACUUGGAGGAACCAUCUGAUUCAAUAGACUUGAUCAGAGAUGAUGAUCAAAUUGUUGCUUAUCGCUUACCAAAGGGUUCAGAGACAUCAGUUCUUGUUGAGUUCAUGCACGAGAAGGCUGAAAGGGAUAAUUAUUCUGGGAGGGCAGAGCCUCGGAUGUUUGGCUUUCCUCUCGUGGCAAGGCUUACUGAUAUUUCAUGUGGAUAUGAUGUUCGGCAAGCAUUUCUCAAGUUGAUCAACCCAUUCCUUAAGCCCACAGAAGAUUCAUCAUAUGAUCAUGAUGAUGCUGAGCAUUCUGUUUCUGCUUGUGAAGAUUCCGAGAUGGAGGAUACUCAGAGCCCCUGUGACACAGAAUCAGAUGCUGAAAUGGUGGAUGGUCCAAAUGAGUUUGAGCUUUUCUUAGAAGGCUCCUCCAAGUUAAGGAUGUCUGAGCCAAUAGUUGUCUCAAGGGCUAGGAGGAGCUUAAGAAUUCGUGCUUUUUGGCCAGAGCAAAUGCUUGAAAAAUAUGAUCUGUGCUUCCUUGGUUCUUUGCCAGAGAUUUAUAAGCCCCAGUUGUUUAACAGGAGGCCUCCAGAGUCUGUUUCCCUGUACAAAUGCCUUGAAGCCUUCUUGAAGGAGGAGCCUCUAGGGCCAGAGGACAUGUGGUACUGUCCAAGCUGCAAACAACAUCAGCAAGCCAGCAAAAAGCUGGACCUUUGGAGAUUGCCUGAGAUUCUGGUUGUUCAUUUGAAAAGGUUUUCAUACAGCCAGUUCCUCAAGAACAAACUCGAAACAUUUGUCGACUUCCUCAUCGAGGAUCUUGACCUUUCAAGUUACAUUGCUAACAGAAGUUCUCCUUCCUCCUGUCGCUACGUGUUGUAUGCUAUUAGCAAUCACUAUGGAGGAUUGGGAGGUGGUCAUUAUACAGCAUUUGUUUAUCAUGGGCACAAUCGAUGGUAUGAGUUCGAUGAUGAGAGGGUCUUCCCUAUUAAUGAAGAAGGGAUAAAGACAUCUGCUGCUUACGUCCUUUUCUACAGGAGGGUCCCAGCAGCAUGACUGGUGGAUAUUGUUGCAGAUGUACAGUUGUUCAUAAGUGAUAACAUCAGGCAGGUGCAAUGAAGAGCCGCCUAUACUCUGCCAUAUCCUCUACUUUUGAAGAGCUUUGGACGGCAUACAUUACUAUUUUUACAGUACAGCUUGGAAUACAAGAGAAUUCAAAGGAAGAGUGGAAGCAUAGAAGAUUCGACACUGUACAGCCCCUGAAAACUGCAAGUGUUCUGAUUUAUUCGAUUGGGGUAGUGUAAAUACAUUUGAUUGACAGAAAAAAUAAAGCUGAAACAUCAUUUAACCUUUCCAA